UCUGGUUAUGACAUUCUCAUUUCAAAUGAAUUCGCUCAACAACAAAAUGUCAGUUGUAUAGAGGACAUUAAAAAUCGAACUUUCGGGUUACAAAAUAAAAUUUUCAGUGUCCAUACCAUUUCAAAGGACAGGGCGUUGGAAUAAAUUAGCUGUCAUGGAGCAAUUGUACCUGAUUGAGAUAUUCAUAGACACGGUCACCAUCUAUGCCACCGAAGAAGAUGAAAAGAGCAGCGCGAAUAAAAAUCUUAUAAUAAAAAUUAAAUUUGGGCCAAAAGUACAGUUUAUUAUCAAGGAGGGCCAAUUGGCUCUAAAUGAGGACAAGAAAGAUGAUAUUAUGGAAUGUGAUGAAAACGGAAAGCGAAAAUGGACUAGGACAAUAAGAGUGGGAAAAUCAUAUUUAUUCCCGUCAUAUCCUGAUACUGUACUUAUGACCCUUAGCAAGUUUCCACUUGAGAUCGAAAUAUGGAACGAUGAUGAAAACGAAGUCGAAAUAUUUGUUGGUAUUGGUACAAUGUUUUGGGAAACUGAGUUCUAUCAUAUGUUGAAAGAAACUGCUGAUCCUUCUAAAGUACAUGAACCUUUGUCGAUAAAACAGAAUACAGUGCUGUUUGCGGAAUGUUGUUGUAAACGAGUGGGAGAGAUAUCAUUUAUUCUCAGAGUAAGCGCUUUAGGGGAAACUAUCAUUACAGAGUUCCAGCAACUGUUGACAGAUCCAGACACCUUUGUUUUUAGAACCAACAAAGCACCAAGCAUGUUUCAAUGCAAACGAAUUGAAGGGGAUGAUCCGAACUUCUGUAUGGUAGGUAGUUUAUACGAAACGACUACUUUAGAAGAUCCAACUGUGGUUAUUAAAGCCCAGCAGCGAAUAGAAGUCUGCACGGAAUUACAAAGCUGUGGUUUCGCACAAAAUAAUCGCGACUACAGUUGUAGGCACGAAACUGAAGAUCCUUCGGCCCAGAAGAAAACGAAGUAUCCUAUUGAUAAGAUUAAAAUGGGUGAAAUUGUAGGACCAUGUGGUAAUACAAAUUGUCCAUUAGCUCAUAAAGUUAAAACUUAUAUUCGAAACUUGGAAACCUAUAAACGAGAAGCCGAAGGUAAAGUGACCGGUACAAAGGGAGAUAGAACAAAAAAGAUUUGCGGUUCUUGUGAUUGCAAAGAUGACCGCUGGCAUCGCGAUGAAUGUCCCGAAAACUAUAACGAAGAAGGCAAACUAAAUAAGGUCGAGUGUAAAGGUUGUGGCGGUAUGACAGCAAAAAGCCAUACUUGCGAAGACACCAAAAAUAAAGCAUUUGGAACUGGCUGUACACCUAAGUCCAGUAAAACAACAGUUGCGUAUGUCUUCAGUGUAACCAAAGUACCCGGUUUCAAAGAAUCUCUGUAUGGAAAAAAUUACAUAGUUGAGAACCUGACAAAUAUAGAUGCAGAGCUUGACAAAACUCUCUCAUCUUACAGUAAGGGAUGCGCAUGUGGCCGUACAGGAUGCACUUGGAGUCAAGAACUGGAAAAUACAUCAACACCAGCGAUCAUACAGCAACCCGAAGAAAAUAAAAUAAGUACACCAUGCUCAAAGCCAUCAGAAAAUAAAGUAUUUAAUCAGAAUGUUUCUAACCUAACCCAGUCUUUAGUUUACAAUGUUGAUGUUAAGGAAAAGGAGCCAAAAAUAAAAAUGGCAGUUUAUGAUUGUGUAACGGUGCCUGAUAAUAAGGACUGCAGAUGUAAUCCGCCCAAGCCUACUCCACCCUGUAAAACAUUGGACUGCGAAUGUAUUACAGGAACCGCUGACAUCCAGAUGAGGAAAACACACAGACCUUACUGUCCAUCUUACAAACACAAAGAUAACUGCCCAGUGACGGUAAGAAACGAAGACGAGGCUAAGAAAGCUGAAGAUGAUGAAGACGAAGCUGAACCCCUUCCUUACGGCUUGCCUCCAAUAAAGCUCGGGCCCUGUCCUGUAAUGGGAAGACCUUGUUCAAUUCCAGACGGGUUCGCCAGAAUGUACAAAACUGCAGCGUUACCUGCCUUGCCACCUAGUUACAGCGACGCAGGUAAGGUUUGCUGUUCAAAGGAAUACGAACGAAUAAAGAAAGCACUGAAGGACUAUAUGAAACAUGAGAAGGAAAAUGAUUAUAGAUGCGUAAACAGGUUCAACUUGGACACUGAAAGGAGAUGUUGUGACAGAGAGGAUAUUCUUCUAGCGUUAACGGGUAAAAGCUGCUGCGGAGCUCACAAAAUGGCUGCACAGGAAAAAUAUAAGUUAAAAGAAGAUAGUAAGAAAAGUUAACAAUUAGAAUAACAUUGAUAUUUUAUUUUGUAACCCACUAGUGUAAAUAGUUUAAGAUCUAAAUACACUUGUACAACUGA